AUGUCUACUAUCACUCCAGUCAAUACAUCAGAGCCAUACUCAGCUCUACUAGCCAUCUCUCUACACCCUCACACCCCCGCUCGACCAGCCAUCGAUGCCAUCCAGCACGUUCUCCCUGAGAAGUUACCGGCGGCGCUGUAUCUCAAGUCUGGGCAGGCGUUCUACGGGAACAGCUUUGGGAGCCAGCAGAGUCGGUUUGGCGAGACGGUCUUUUCGACCAGUAUCACCAGCUACACCGACUCCAUGACUGAUCCCUCCUACCUCGGCCAAAUCCUCGUCUUCACCACCCCCAUGAUUGGAAACUACGGUGUCCCCUCCAACCGCGCCCUCUCCGACACACCCGGUAUCCCCUUUCUUGAGUCGGACAAGAUCCAAUGCGCCGGCGUAGUCGUCUCGGACGUUGCGCUCAAGCACUCGCACUACCAAUCCGUCGAAUCUCUGCACCAAUGGUGUGAGCGGAAUGGCGUACCGGGUAUCUCAGGCGUCGACACCCGGGCCAUCACCACCCUACUCCGUGAUCAGGGAACAACACUCGGUCGGCUGGCGGUCGGCAAGGACGUCGCGGAUGGGCACCCCUCGGCGGCCGACUACUGGGACCCGAGCAAGGAGAACCUUGUUGCCCAGGCGUCCACGGCCACUCCGUACGAGCUCAAUCAGCAGGGUUCCGGGCCCCGGAUCGCCGUAUUGGAUUUCGGAUCUAAAGCCAAUAUCCUCCGCAGCCUCGUCAAGCGUGAUGCGCGGGUCACGGUCUUCCCUUGGAACUUUGACUUCAACACUGUCAAGGACGCGUACGAUGGUCUCUUCCUCACCAACGGCCCCGGUGACCCCAAGAUGAUCAUGGACACGGCCAUGCGGGUGCGGGAGACGAUCGAUACAUGGGACAAGCCAAUCUUCGGAAUUUGCAUGGGUCAUCAGAUUUUGGGUCUGGCGGCGGGCAUGGAGGCGUACCGGAUGACAUUCGGGAAUCGGGGCCACAACCAGCCGGUGCUGGCGCUGGCGAGCUCGGGCAGUAUUUCGGCGGGCCGAGUAUACGUCACUUCGCAAAACCACCAAUACGCUCUCCGCCUGACGGAAGACUUCCCAGAAGGCUGGGCGCCCUUCUUCAUCAACUGCAACGACUCCUCCGUCGAGGGCAUCAUCUCCACCCCGGAAUCAGGCAAGCGGAUCUGGGGUGUCCAGUUCCACCCCGAGUCCGCUGGCGGACCGCUCGACACGAUCGAGAUGUUCACGGACUUUGUGGACGAGUGCGGAGCGAGCAAGGGAGCAGCGUCGAGCAUGAUUGCGGAUGAGGUGAAGGUGGAUGGGCAUGUGGGCAAGGCGGAGGCGGCGGUCUCUGCUUGA